CGAAACUUGAGGAUGGGGGAAGAAGCAGAGGGUUCUGUACGUGUGUCAGACAGUAACGGAGGUGAUCAUACUCAGAGCCGUCAACUUGACAUAUACCCUCUCAGUUGCUACUACUUUGGAUCCAAGGAAGCCAUUCCUUUCAAGGAUGAGACUUUAGAUGAUCGUGUUCAGAGAUUGAACUCCAACUAUGCUGCUUAUGGAUUGAGGACUUGUGUAGAAGCAGUUAUGUUGGUCGAGUUGUUCAAACAUCCUCAUAUACUACUCUUGCAAGUAAGGAAUUGCAUUUUUAAGCUUCCUGGAGGUCGUUUGAGACCUGGUGAAUUAGAAAUUGAUGGCUUGAAACGAAAACUAUCUAGGAAGCUUUGUGUCAAUGCUGAUGGUGAUGGGAUUGCUUGGGAGGUUGGUGAAUGCCUUGAUGUAUGGUGGAGGCCGGACUUUGAAACAUCGCCAUGUCGGGACUUGCCAUCUACAGUGAGAAGUCCAAAGGAGCGCACGAAACUCUUUCUUGUAAAGUUGCCGGAAAGUCGGAAGUUCAUUGUACCCAAGAACCUAAAAUUGCUGGCUAUUCCACUGUGCCAGAUCAACAAAAAUCGCGAGACAUAUGGACCUAUUAUAUCCGGUGUUCCAGAGAUGCUAUCGAAGUUCACCAUCAACAUUAUAGAAGCUUGAGAUCAUAUAAAUUACAAUUAUGGAGUGUGCAGUGUGGUUUGUAGCAAUAACAACGCAUCUAAUUCUCUAGGAAUAUUGACGUGGGCUUGCAGAAUGUAUAUAUUUUAGAACACUGAUGUAAACAACAACAUGGUUGUAGUUUUGAAGACAACAAUAUGAACUGUAUACUUGUUC